AUGACAGAAGGGAUACGAACAUUGGAAAGAACACCAACAUGGGCUGUGGCUUCUGUCUGUUUAAUCCUAGUUACUGUAUCAAUUUUCAUUGAACACGUUAUUCACUUAAUCGGGAAGUGGUUGAAUAACAAGAGGAAAAAAACAUUAUUUGAAGCACUUGAAAAGAUCAAAUCAGAGCUUAUGCUACUGGGGUUCAUCUCAUUGCUACUAACUGUCGGGCAAUCCACCAUAACCGAUAUCUGCAUAUCGAAAUCUCUUGGAGAUACUUGGCUUCCAUGCAGUAAAAAAGACAUUAAAGAAACGGAUGCUCAUCAUCGUGCAAAUAAAGAAGAAAUUCUUGCAAGACGUGUUCUUUCUGCUGCUACUUCCGGUGAUAAAUGCACAUCGCAGGGAAAGAUUCCGUUUUUAUCAAGGGACGCCCUCCAUGAGCUCCAUAUAUUCAUCUUCUCGUUGGCUAUCUAUCAUGUGGUUUGUUCUAUAAUCACACUGGCUUUUGGUAGAGCCAAGAUGAAAGAAUGGAAGGCAUGGGAGAUGGAAACACAGACAACCGAGUACCAAUAUACACAUGAUCCAGAGAGGUUUAGGCUCGCAAGAGACACAACCUUCGGGCAAAGGCACUUGAGCAUGUGGAGCAGGUCACCGAUCUUUAUUUGGGUGGUGGGAUUCAUACGACAGUUUGGAAUGUCAGUUCCAAAGGUUGAUUAUAUGACUCUUCGCCAUGGAUUUAUCAUGGCACAUUUGGCACCAAAUAGCCAAGCUAAUUUCAAUUUUCAAAGGUACAUAGAGCGAUCACUUGAAGAAGACUUCAAACUCGUUGUCGGAAUCAGUCCACCAAUUUGGUUUCUUGCAGUUUUGUUUCUACUCUUUAGCACCAACAGUUGGAGAUCUUAUCUAUGGCUACCCUUUAUACCCUUGAUUAUUGUCCUUUUAGUGGGGACAAAACUUCAGGUGAUUAUUACUAAAAUGGGGUUAAGGAUUCAAGAAAGAGGAGCAGUAGUAAAGGGUACACCAUUGGUUGAGCCCACCGACAACCUUUUCUGGUUCAACCGCCCUGAUCUCCUCCUCUAUCUCAUUCACUUUGUCCUCUUUCAGAAUGCAUUUCAGUUGGCUUUCUUUGCAUGGUCUGGGUAUGAAUUCGGCCCAAAAUCAUGCUUCCACAAGAACAAAGCCGACUUGUGCAUCAAGAUCUCAAUGGGGGUGUUUGUACUAAUACUAUGCAGCUAUGUGACUUUACCUCUUUAUGCUCUAGUGACACAGAUGGGUUCAACCAUGAAACCCACUGUAUUCAACGAUCAAGUGGUUAAGGCGCUGCACAAAUGGCACCAGAGAGCGAAGAAGCAAGUGAAACUAAACCGCAUGUCCGAUACCACAACCCCAGGAUCUUCUAGGCCUAGCACGCCAUCUCACUGGACUACAACUAGAAGCACCAGCAUUAAUGAUUCGUCUCAACGAGUGUUUGAGUUCCAUGACACGCUUAAUUAUGAACAUGAGAUACAAGCCACUGGUUCGCUUCCUGGAACCAGAAGUGUAGACAUAGAAGUAGAUGCUGGUCCUGCGGUGGUUCAUCAGCAUAAGAUUGACGUUGAUUCUGCGGAUUUCUCAUUUGAUAAAUACAUAGAGGUGCGAAGUUAAUUGGACCGAAAAGUAAAGCAAUUGGUGUGUAUGUGGCUUUUGUGCAUAUAUAAGUAGCUAGUUGGAGGGGUGGGCAUGGGGGUUGCGCAUGCCGUAGG